AUGGUCGCGGGGACGAACUUCGGAACGAAUAACCUGGCCCCCCUGCGGUUCAGUUCCCUGCACGGGGAGAACAUCCGGUUGUCCCCGGACAAGACCAUCGCGCGGCGGGUCGAGAGCUUCUGCAAGGGGAUCGUCUUCUCCAACCGCCCGGUCAAGGUCGGCGAGAAGGUCGAGGUUUUGAAGGGAGUUUGGGGGCUGAGGGUGUACCUGAACUUCCUCGAGAUCAGCACGAACUGGAGCGGGGCGGUCCGGUUCGGUUUCACCAACUCGAACCCGGCCAAUUUCCGCGGGAGUCUGCCCAAAUACGCUUGCCCAGAUCUGACGAACAAGCCGGGUUACUGGGCGAAGGCGUUGGCCGAGAGGUUGGCGGUGGAAGGGGAGCUCCUGGCGUUCUGGGCCACGUCCUCGGGGGACGUGCACUUCUCGCUCAACGGGGAGGAGAAGGGGGUGUUCUUCAGCGGGGUGGACACCCGCGGCCCGCUGUGGGCGCUCGUCGACAUCUAUGGCAACUCCACGGCCGUGCAACUAGUCGGUGGGUGGGCGUUGCGCUGGGGGGGUUUCCUCCGAAAUUUUCGUGAUUACAUGAACAAUUCCCGGAGGAGCUUGGAUCACUCGGUCGCAGACGCGGAUAUGGAGCGGUGGUUGCAGCCGUCGCUCGCUCGGCUGCAGUUGGACCCGCCGUCCCCGUCCCACCGCAUCAUCGGCCCGCCCCCGGACGCCACGGUGGCCCACACCCCGCCCCGGGUGUCCCCGGCGUGCACGCCGUCCCCGACGCGCGUCGCCCGCCCGGACGGCGUCAUGCCCCAGCCCGCCCAGCAGCACCUGCAGGGGCCGGGGAACCCUCCACCGCCCUCGGGGUUCAUGCCGCUGCCGUUCCACAGAUUGAGAGGGCGCAGCGUCCGCUUGAGUAACGACCGGUGUGUUGCCUGGAAGACGGCAUUUGAGCACCCGAAUGGAUAUAUUUUCACUCCCCAGUCAAUUCGAUCUGGUGAAAAGGUCAUCCUUCGAAUCCUGUCGUCUGCAUCUGUGCAAACCUCAGGGAUUUGCUUUGGAGUGACCAGCUGCGAUCCGAACAAGCUUCGACUCACCGAUCUUCCAGACGACCCAGAUGGUCUCCUAGAUAGACCAGAGUAUUGGGUCGUGUGUAGAGACCAGGUGGGGUUCCUAUCCCCUGGUGAUCAACUUGUGUUCUGCAUUGAUCACAAUGGUGAGCUCCUACUUAUGUACGGAGCUGUGACAGUUGGAAAGAAUGGGAGCCCUGAGAGUGUGAAGAUGCAUGUGGAUCACACCCUCCCACUUUGGAUGUUCUGGGAUCUGAGUGGUGGUCUGGUGAGCGUGGAGUGCUUUGGACAGAUCCACAUGCGACCCUGGCAGCCAGUCCCCAGGCCCACACAGCAUUCCCAUCCUCACUCCCCCCAACAUCCUGCAGUUCCUGCUCCGGCGGGGCAGCUGGUGGUGAAUCUCCCCCAGCAGGAAUUGCCCAUGCCAUCUAAUACCAUUUAUGAAUCUAGUCCCCAUCGCCGUCGUCAUCUCCUUCAUCCGCAUCCCCUCUCAAUGCCUACCCUUCCUCCUCCCCCUCCCCCUGUUCCCAGUUCAUCACCUCAGUCCACACCUCCAGCAGUCUCCUGCAUUCAACAGUCUCCACUUCGAGUGAAUCUGCCUAGUCCAAUGUGCUCUACUUCUGAUCAAGAGCAUCUUUAUGAGACGAUUGCCCUCAACUGCUCUCAGGUGGCACGAUCCAUGUCGGGAAGGCUUCAGGUUGCCGCAACCACUGCCUCCAAAACAACUCUCAUGGAUGAAAAUGGGACGAGCAUGGAGAUCCUGAGCGAAUGCAGUGUGUGCUACGAGAAGCCCGUGGACAGCGUCCUCUACAUGUGCGGUCACAUGUGCAUGUGUUACGAGUGCGCCAUCCAGCAGUGGCGAGGACAAGGGGACGGCCAGUGUCCCAUCUGCCGCGCCAUCAUCCGAGACGUCAUCCGCACGUACCGCUCCUGACCGGACGCGUCGUGCCUAUGCUCGCCGGUCUCUGGUUCCUUGUUGGGCCCACUUCUGCGCUUGCCUUCUCUGUUGUGUGAUGAUGAUGGUGAUGACACCGAUGGCAGCCUAUCCAGGUGCUAACCUGAGGAUUAUAUUGCACUGAAAAGAGUCGCUUUCUAUUGUGAAGCACAGAAUGAUCUAGAUCCCAUAAAGGAUUUUCUGAUGAUAAAAAGACUCUAUUCAUGAA